AUGCUCGCCGUGGCAGUGUCUUUCGCUAACUCUACCCUCGCGCCUCGUGAUGCUCCAUUAUGGGAAAUCAAGGAUGCCCUGGGCACCUACUACUACGACCUCACCGGCAGAGACAUAUGCGGUGUGAACGGCUGUCAGCAGCCCGGUUGGUCCAAAUCAAGCGGCAUGGACACCGCCAUCACAAAAUGCGGUCAAUUGCCGAUGAACGAUCCCAAGUUGAACACGAACCGGAUCGUCGCUUUGGACUGGUCUGCAAUUAUGACGGACCGGCGCGCCUUUUGCGGAAAGGAGGUGGAGGUCUAUAGAGCCGAUGGGACCAAAUUCGAAUUCUCCGAAGGCCCGCUGGUCCUAUGGGAGGCAUGCGAACGGUGUAUGUGCGAGAAGGCCAUCGACUUUUCAGCGCUCGCCCACGCCGAGCUUAUGAAUGGUCGAGGCGGAGCGUGCUCCCCGACGAAUCCGCAUGGCCUCCGAGUCGUCGUUACCAACAAUCAGAUCUGGGAGCCCGAUCUUGGUCAGCUUGGCGCCGGCGUGGCGAGCACAUGGAGUCCCACCAAGAAAAUCGCCCCUAUCCCCUUACACGUCACGAACCCAUCCCCAGUAUACCCUUGUCGAACACCCGGCAAUACGUGUGCUUUCGUUCGACCCGAUACAGGCGGGAUGCCUGAUCCUAACCUCCGGGGGCCAUGCGUCACGUAUCCGGAGGCAAUUGAAUCGACAAUCAAUUGGCCACUGGCGUUGCCGGUCCAGGCGAAGAUUGGCGAGUGGCCCGCACAAGUACCGGCCCCUCCUGCUACACUUGGGCCGCCAGCAGCACCGCAAGUGGCAAACUCACAACCACCUCCCGCCGGCCCGCUUGGGAAAUGCGUCGGACAAAGUACGCACAGCUGCGUGGGCAAAACCCCGGCAGUGUGCGACGCAUUAGGGAACUGGGUACAGAUCGCGAGCGCCUGUCCGGGAAGCUGCGUCAUGCAGGCCAAUAAUGCUCCGGGAUGUGUAUGA